AUGGAUAAUAGACCUGCCACCGAAGAAGAAUUAAAAAAAUAUGCCUUUCUUACCUCUUUACUAAACUUAAAACCAGAAAAAACAAAACCACCAGCGAAUGUCGAAUUAUGGGUACAAUAUAAAGUCGUUAAGAGUGAUAAUGCAACCUAUACUUAUACGAUCACUAAUCGA